GAUGCUAUACUGUGAUAAAAUUUAACAAACAGUUGUUUUUAGUUUGUGAGUGUGUACAUGUACGUGCAGUGUGUAGUAAAUGGCUCAAGUAGGCUUCGAUGCUGGCUACAGUGAUGACGAGCAGUAUCACAGCGCGGGGGACAGUCCGCCACCCUCACGUGCCCAGGAGCUGUGGACCUUUGAUAGGGAUAUAGGCCAGGGAGGUUUUGGAAUUGUCAAGUUGUUUGUGCAUAAGCUCACGGGGGAGAAGCUUGUUCUUAAGGAAUGUCGUCAGCUCAAUAUUUCCCGUGAGUCAUUUGAUCGCUGGAUGCAGGAGGUGGAGAUCAUCAAGCGCUUGGAUCACGUCAAUAUUGUCAAGGCGCAGAGUCCGCCCGAGGGACUGUACUACCGUCCCCAAGGAAACGUGCCAUGUAUAUAUAUGGAGUUCUGUGGCGGAAGGGACCUCAGACAGGUACUUCGUGAACCUGACAAUUGCUGUGGUCUCCCGGAGGAAGAUGUCCGACAAAUCUGUUCUGACGUCAACUCUGGUAUCCGGUUUCUUCACAAGAAGAAGGUCAUCCACAGAGAUCUCAAGCCAGAGAACAUACUGCGCAAGAUCAUCCACAAGAACCAGGUUGUGUAUAAGUUGACUGACUUCGGACAUGCGAAGAGUUAUGAUCAGAGUAGUGUGUGUACCUCCCUGGUGGGCACCAUGCAAUAUGUGAAGGCCAUAGGCAGAAAGUCGAUAUCUCCAAAAGUACGGACAAAGACAGUUUAUCACAGUGCUUGGUCACACAAAAGAUCGGAAACACCUCUUAACGUUUUAAGCUCUAGUGAGUUUCUCUAUAGCAACACUUUCAUGGAUCUAAUUACCAACCAGGAAUUUGGCUCCCGAUUCACUCACAUUGAGAACGACAGAGGACAAGAGACAAGACUCGAUCAGACACUCUAUGUGUAA